AUGGCUGGCGGCACCCAACGGCAGCCCAUCGCAACCGGCAACGGCGUCUUAUUUGAGGUUGUCUUGAAGAAUGCCGACCCCCGAAAGAAGCCCACCCACGGCCUCUCCCUGAGCUACGGCGGGCAGAUGUACAGCUGGCCCGGCGCGGCCGUGUCCAUGGGCUCCGUCCAUACCGUCGACACGGACGACGACGAGAACCCAAGCGAGCCGCGAGGCCAAGAGAAGAGACGCAGCCGGGACUCUUGCCCAUCUCGGUGCCUGAAGAAGAGCCCUGGGCGGUCUGCUCAGAAGGAGGCCGCUCCGGUGCUCACGGCGUCGCCAAAGAAGCUGCGGAGGAGCCGCACGCUCUCGCCCUCGCACCAGUCCCGUACCCGCGCCCUCUUUGCGCCGUUGUCCGCUCUCUCGCGCAAGCUAUCCGCCCGCCGGCACAGCUACGACGAGGACGAAAAAACGAAGCGGGAGAAGCGACAGGAGAAGACUACACCACCGCCGGAGCAGAGACCAGCUGUGCGCACUCUCCCCCAGGGCUUCUUCCCGCCACCGCACGUCGCCUACCAAAACCCAGUGCCAAUGUAUCACCACGUACCGGCACCCGUGUUUGCAACGGCACCAAUCCAGUAUCCCACAGCACAGGGCACGUCAAGCACCGCACCGCAGUGUCCGCCCGAGUUGCAGCAGCUGCAAGGGCGCAUCAAUCACUUUGCUGCUGUUCUGGCCGCAAACCCAAUCGAUCUGCUCGCCAAGCGGGAACUGGACCGGCUGACGGCGGAGCGCAAUUCCUUUCUCGACACCGCGACCAAAAGUACCGUGCCGGCGGCCCCCCUGGCCCCCAUCAAGGAAGUUAGGCCAACGACGGACAGCAUCCCCUCCAUCGCGCAACAGCAACCGGUCGUCCACAACCCAGUCAGCCACGAGUCGACAGCGGUCAGUGCCAGCUAUGCACCCAGAGACAUGACUGCUUCCCCUGAGCAGCAGCAUAUUUGCUCCGGCUGCGGCGAGAUGCGCUCACUCAGCUUCCACCGAAAGCACCCCUUCGCUAAACCCGUCCACAACGUCUGCCGCAAGUGCCGCGAGGGCGGCCGUCGGCGCCGCGCUGCGCCGCCCGUCAUGAGCCGCUACCACUUUUGCGACGGCUGCGGUAUUGUCCGAUCCAAAGAGUACCACCGCCGUCGCGGAAGCGCCAACACGACGUCCGUGUCGAUGCGGUCCAAGAUUUGCCGCAAGUGCCACGCAGAUGGCCACCAUCAACGCCAAACACCGGACAAGACAGCUCGCGAGUACAAGAGCCUGACCAAAGACGGGAAGCACAGCGAGUCCGUUGCGCUCAAGCCAGCUUCUCGAAAGGAGCCACUCGCGGAGCCCUCCACAGCCCGGCGCAAGCAACCACAUGGUUGCGAGGAUGACCUUGGAAUUCCUGUUUACGACGGCGUCUCUGAUUGGCACUCAUCUACUCCAAUGUCUGCAGAGACCAACACUACCUCCUACCCUUGCGCCAGAGAUGACGCCUUUGCGACCUACCGCUCGCCCGAAGUCAGCGAAGAGGACGCCAGCUCCCACCAGCCCGCCUCUCUCCAGAGCAGUUUCCGGUCCUCUGGCCGCGACUCGCCUGCUUUCCGGGACUACACUGCUCCAGAAGCCUCCCUCACCGAUGCAGCGUCCGAGACGUCGUCACUGCACACACCACAGGACACCAACCCGUGCAGCAGCACAAACCCGUACUACCAGCCUCGCGGCACCACCGGCCGGCUCUCCUCCCCGUUCCUCUACGCAGAGCCUCGAGCGCCCCAGCCCUCCGCAGUCCGUCCCUCCUCCCCUCGCGACCCCGCCUCUCCCCCCUCGGCGCCUCGUUCCGGGAUCAACUCGCCCCCGCGGCGGUUCGUCGACCGCAACCAGUCCUGGCCGGGGAACCUGCACCUCCCGCGCGGCUCCCCCACUUACACCACCACCCGCAAGGUGUCCGCGUCCGACGGCGCGCCGAGCCCAACGUUCCUCGACCCGGCGCGCUUCACCACCGGCGCUUUCAGCAGCAAGAGGCGCCCGCCCAGCAGCAGCCCACCCGCGUCUCCCUGGGCCAGCUUCAGUGGACCUAUACCCCAUCCCGGAGGCUCCGAGCCGGGCAGCAAGGGUAAAUCCGUCUUUGCCCGCUACCAUAACAACAACAACACGCCAACAGCCUCAGAGCCGGCCGUCUCACCCAUCGCCGACCACCACCCCGCGUUUCCGGGUCGCUUUCGCCGGCCCAAGUCCUUUUCCGGACGUGAUCCGGCGACGUCCGCCAGCGGUGGCACCGAGUUUGCGUCGACUCGCGGCGCGUGGAACAUCAACACGCGCGGUGGUGGACAGGACGAGCAUGUGCCUGAGCCCAUCAUCGAAGAGCCCUCGUCGCCUCUGGCCAAGUCGCCCGUGACGACACCACUGUUGCUCGAAUUUCAUCUUGAAGAGGACUUGUCUGACUCGGGCGUCGAGUUCCUCACAGGAUCGUCCUCGCCGUCUUGCUUGUCCGGAGACGACAACAGCAGCCUACUCGCUUCGCACCUCGCCGUGCUCUAA